AACGUCGCAACCGUUAAGUACAUAAGACGGAAAUGGGGGGACCGAGGGGGACUGAGGGGACGAGAGAGGGAGCGAAAGAGAGGGGAAAAGGGGGGCGAGCGGGAGAGAAGAGGAGAGAGUAUGAGAAAGAACUGGCAACGUGUGCCACAUUCAAAUCUGAUCUGAACCCCAGUCGGCUUCUUAGCAAAACAGUAGAAAACGCGGAACGGGAGAAUCGUGAACGCGAACGUGUUGCUUCGUCUACGUAUAUCCGUCGCUAUGUAAUAUCGCACCGGCGAGGAGACGCGUAGUGCGCAUCAACAGCGACAUCGACGGUGUACGGCGUGGUAUACGGUAUACGAAUGUGUGAGACAUGUUUAGAUGUGUUGGGAUCCAUCGAGACACGUCGAGACACGUUGAGACACGUUGAGACGUGUUCAUUGGCUCUCUCUCUCUCUCUCUCUCUCUCUCUCUCUCUCUCUCUCUCAUAGCUAUACUGAGCUACAAGUUCACUGUUCAGCGCAUUCAGAAGAGUAACUAAACGUGACUAGCGCAUCCCUACCGAUCGUGCUCUCUCGCGCGUGUUGACUACGACGCGACGACGGCGACUUUUUCUUCCGGUUCCUUCACUCCCGUACGAAUUUUCGCGCGCGCCCGCGCUCGUCUGCUCGGAAACAACCAAUUUCAUGUAAAUGUUACGGAUGCGCGGUGGCGUAGUGGCUGUGUCGCGAACGAGGUUCCACAGGCCGACGUGGAAUUAUGUGCAUGGAUGUCCAGUUUAACGAGAAGAAGAUGGGUGACAAGAGCAUCGACGAAGACGUACAGAUCAUCGAGGCCCACAUCAACAAAGAUUUCGAGAAAGUCGUCGUCAAGCAAGAACGUCCAGACGAUGCGGAAAUCCGUGAACUGGCUGCCAAAAUGGUGGAAGCACACAAGGCGAAAAUGCUGGCGAGCAUGCCAGCGGUGCAACAACAACAGAGGCAACAGUGCCUCAUACCGCAGCCUAAUCUUCCCGGUUCUAUUCUUGGAUAUCUGAACAAACGGCCGACCGACGGGCAGCCCGCGCCGAAACCGCCGACCGGCAGUUUGGAAAGUAAAGCGCCAACGCCGGACGACGACAGCCAGCGGGGACGAUUCGGUUGGACGAGCUUCGACGAGUGUCACAUACCUUAUAUAUUUCGCUCCGGCGAAAAGUAUUGCGCCGUACGCAUCCUAGAAUCUAAGCUUCUCAACAAGUACCUGAGUUUUCUUCAUUCGGACAUCUACAGUUGCACAUGUAUAAGGAGUUACUACAUUACGGAGGCGGAGAGCAAGUUGUUCAACGAGAUCAACACCAGGCACUGCGAGAAUCAGUUCGGCAGGGACGCGUUCACGUGUAAAGACCUGGUGGUGCGUCUCUCGGACGCCAAGGAGUUUUAUACGUUUCUCGAUGUGUGUUAUACCAAACUGACCGCCGGUACCAAUCCGAACGUGACAAGCGGACGUAAGGCGGAGAAGUGUGGUUUCAUACGGAUAAACAAAGAGUCCGUGGUACCGUACACGGUGAAGGACGGUCUGCAGUAUGUGCCGCUGUUUUAUUUCGAGGGGGAAACGGAAAAUCUCAAGCUCAAGGCGGAAAAGCUCGAGGGCUGGGAUUUAUCGUACUUGAAAUUCUGCUGCAAGGUACAGGGUAUACGUAACGAACUGUUUGCGAGUGAAACGUGCUCGGUGAUUAGUUUGAGUGAUAUAAAGAGUUACUUUCCACCGGGCACCGGCUUUGAGGACUACUGGCCGACCAAAGUUAUGGACUCGCAGUUGUUGGUGAACAGCAACGGGAGCGGUACCGGCGGUGGAUGGACAAAACAGCCGCCCACCCCGCCGGCGACCAAGCCUCCCUCCGUGCAGAGCGCCAACAAAGUUGUACCACCUCUGAGCUCGCGUACCGUACCGAUGCCUAAUAUGAUGCCGCGGGGAACUGUCGUGAGCACGGCACCGCAGAUGCCGCGAAUAGGGCAGUCGAGGCCCGUGGUGACGACGCAUCCAGCGCACUCUUCCCCGUCGGGACUUCCCACCGGUCGAUCGAGCAUAGUGUCGCAGCCCAUGCUGAAUACCGUUCCAGGUGUGGUUAACGGCUGGUCGGGCCUCGUUGGCGGUCAACCUACCUUUCAAACGGCACUCGGUUCUCAGGCUAGCAUUAUACGAGCGACUCUGAACAAUGUAAUGCACAACCAACAAAUGACCGCUGCUCCCAAAACCUAUCCCCAACAGUCUAGAAGUAGAGCGGGCAGUAGCGGAGCAGCAGCUCAAUAUCCUGGGGUAUAUCCGACGACGACCAUGCAAGGGGUUGCUCAAGCUCAACCACCGCCUCUCAUACGCGCAACUGUUCACUCCAAUCAACCUAAUCUCGGUUAUCCCACCUAUGGGAAGGAUGACUGGGUGACCACUACAUAUACAACACCUACAUUAGGUGUACCUAAUGCAGUCACAGCAACCACAUAUCCACAGAUGAUUGGUUUAAGCGAACAAGUCCAAGCUUUAAUGCCAGUACCUACAUCAGCACCAAAUUUAUUACAUCCACAAAGGCAUACACCAUCUGUGCAUAACACAUCUCAUACGAAAUAUCCACCUCCUCUGAUACCAGUUAAUGGUAGCAGCGGCAGCAGCAGCAAUUCAAGGGAUUCUCGAGGGAGGAAACCAUUGAUACCAAUACCAGAAUCACAAAUAUCUACUUGUCAUGUACAGCCAUACCAAAUACAGAAAGCAUAUGUUGAAGAAAAGAUGGUACCCUGUAUAAAUUUCAAACCUUAUAUUUAUACUGAACUGUUGAUGACACUUCCUGACUUCGUUUCUAAUUUUUUUCCUGCCUGUGACAUCGAGAGUUGUAGACAAGUCCUUACAGAUGUACUACAUAUAGACUUAUAUCAAGGAAAUAGGCAACAAAUGAAGAUGUUAAUCGAAGCAGGCAAAUGUUCUUCGAUGACAGAAGAUCUACCUUUAAUCCAAGUUAGAAGUGUAAUGAAAUACAUGCCACAAUUCAAGUAUAUGUUCAAUAGAGGAGAUAUGGUCAUGCCUUCCCCAGCUCAUUCGUCUGAAGAGCACCCUGCCAAAAAGCGUCAACGUACCAGCUAGGAUUGGCUACAGCCUUACUGGCCUACUUACGAUUAUUACCAUUCGGCAUUCUAAAGCCGAUGUCAUCGUUUCUCAUUCUCAUCAUCGUAUUUUGGAGAACGCCUUUGAGAGGGAUGGGCGUAUCUAAAUACAGGAUUAUAACUGUCGCGUAUGAUGCGCGACAAAAUAUACAUUGACGCUUCAAAGUGUAAAGUGAAACAGUGGUGAGCUAUUUCUUUCUCCAAAGUGUAUUGAAGAGGACACGAUUGUAAAUAAAAUUUAAACGUGUAAAAUUUAAAAUAUGGUUGACAAUUUAGAUUUGCUUUCUACGUAGAAAGAUUUAUUUAAGUAGUCGGCAUUAGAUGCUGAUUACUUUCGGCUCAAUUUUCGUGGCGAAACUCUCCUCGCGUCUCGACAAUGUGUAUGUGUGUGUGUGUGUGUGUGUGUGAUUCGCUACAUGCAUAAUUAAGGUGCAUAAUUAAGGUUUCAGGAAAAGUAAUAUGCAUACGAUUGAAUCAUAUAUUCUGCCAAAUCGCAAUCGAAACGGUAUUUCGGUACGACUGCUAUUGAAACGAAGCACACCUUACUUAUGCGCAAUCUGUUGAUUGUCAAGACACGAGCAGCAAAGAGAGAAUAGUGAGCGUCGAAAGUUGGAGCCGAAAGUUGUCGGCAUUGAUUUAUUUUUCAUUUUUUUUUUAGAGAUCUGUUUUAAUAUAAAGAUCAUUAUUUUGUUACAGAACAAAAUAGAGAUCCAUAACCUAUAUAUAGGUUAUAGAUAAUCUAAAAGAGAGCGAUCUUUUAAAUUAAAUGUAUCCUAUCAUUCCACGUACAUACUUUCGUUUCCUCGUACAUAUACAAAACACACACACACACAAAAGUACACGUGCAACACAUAACAUUUUAUUUCUACCUCUUUGCACAACAGUGAAUACUAUUCUUUUCAGACUUUAUACUUUAUGUGUGGUAUACAUUAGUAUCUUUGUGUAUAAAAAAAGUGUAUGAAAAUUCUGUUCUAAAGAAAAUUCGGAGAAAGAAAAGGCUAUUAUCCCAUUUGUAAAUGGGCAUAACGUGCUAUAGAGUUAUUCAGAAUGAAUAACCUAUUUUGCAUAUUAAAUGUAUAUCAAUGAAAAAAAAAGCGAAAAAUGGAAGUAAAGCUUCUUCAAGUUCCUAGCUACUACUAGUGCGUAUCCUGAUAACUAGUUGCAAGCUAAUUUAAAAGCGUUAGUCCAUUCAUUUAUUGCGAUAAUUUUGCGUGAGUUUUUAUACCAUUUUCAUAAAACUUGUUAAAAAGCGUUAAGGUAAUUUAUUGAACAGUUUUCGUUUCGAGUGUUAAAAAAAAAUAUAUAUAUUGUGUACAGAAGAUGUGUGGUGGAACGAACGAAAUAUUGGAGUGGAACAAAUGCCUAUUUAAUGUGAAAAGACAGCAGCGAGCAAUAUCUCGUGGACUUUAUUUGUAGAAGAUAUGAAUAAUAUACAAGAUCUGAUACAAUUACAAAACUGACAAGAAAAUGACGCUGACAUCACUUGGAUGUUUUUUUUAAAUAUAGUAUUUUUCACAAUAUUGCUGCUGCAUCUUUCAGAUAUUCGCACUGUAAACAGUUAUUUUAAACAGUGAAUUUUCCGAAUUUGAAUUUUUGAAUUUGUUACACAAUGGUAUCUAAAUUUCACAAUUAUUAAGCGUUCGUUGAAGACAAGUAUCUCGUGAUGGGUUUUAGGUGAAAAUUUAUCGGGUCGAAUGAAAAAGACUGCGUGUAGUCGAUAUUAUAAAAGUGUAAAAAAGCUCGUAAAAGUGAAACAAACAAUAUAUUUAUUCAUGCCAAGUGCGUUAUACGCAUCGAGUGUGAUAAUUGAUAUAUAAUAAAGGUUUAAAAGAAACGACACGAUUUUAACAAAAAAAUCGGUUUCGCUCAAAGCGAAGGCCAAUGUGCCAAGGCCAAUUGUGCAAUUGUUUGAUGAUCGUUCGACACCUCUAACCUGCUUCACGGAUACGUUAAAUUUAUGUAUACAUUCGAAAAAUGUCCAACCUAUGUAGAAAGCUGUUAAGAUAUUUAUAUGAAUAUAUAAUACAGAAAUGUGACAAAAAAUAAGAACGAUAUUCAAACGACGAAAAGAAAUCUGGUUGAUAUUUGAAACCACGUUAAAAUAGUCUUCCACACAUGAUUCAUAUAAAUACGUCACAAAUCAAAUUCUGUUCAGUUCAAUAAAUUAUUUCAAAACAUUGACAUUAUAUUAACCUGUCUUUUUUUGAUAAUUUGUGUCAUUUAUUUCCAUUUAUAUAACAAUAGAAUGCAGGACGCAAUAGGCCCUCUUUUUCAAGGGAGCGUAUAAAAUGCUAUUUUAUCUCUCCUCUCGAUGUGGAACAGAGGAUUAAAGAGUUAUCGACCGGCGAUCGAAAGUAUAUAUAUACUUAAAGUAUGUAUAUAUUAUAUAUGUACUUUCGUCACUCACUAAUUUUAGCGUAAGAAAGCUCUAAAAAAAGAAGUGUACAUGGCAACCAAGUGUAUAUAAAGAGAUAAUUAUAACGACUAAUUCACGUCGAACGUGAAUCUCUCGCGUAAGGCAGAAAUUGUUUCGAUAUUCUGUCGUAGUGAAUAUAUAGUGUAUUAUUUAUGAAACAAUAUUUUGUGGUAUUACAAAUUUGAAAGACACCUUGCAUUGCGCUAUCGAGAGACUUUGGACUGGUAUAUCUUACUGUUACAAACAAAGUGGUUCAAGAUAAUGUAGAAGAGGUCGGAAGACGGAGGAACGCUUGGCGGUUUAUUAUUUGAAUAAAAACGUUUUUUUGACAGCGGGGUGAUAUUAUUUCAUUUAAUCAAUGCUAACGUUAUUUAAUUUCUUACGAUAUUCCGUGUUAUGUACAAAACGGCGCAUCUACGAUUAAUUGCAUUUGAGAUGUACAGUCACUUUUUCAUUUUUACGCUUUUCGUUUUUUGUUUUUACCACGUUCGCGAGUAAGUUUGAUAUAAUUAUAUCGAACGUUGUUGUAACUUGCGAUAAAGGAAAGUAUAUGUCGAUUUUACGUUGUGUGUGAUUUUUUUGACGCGAUGAAAAAAAGUCUAGAAUUUUUUAAAUUAUUUUAGCGGGAACGCAUACCAUUUUUUUUUAUUACUUAACCGCGCAAACCGCGUCGCGUACGUGAUUUUAUUCCCUCUCGAGGUAAACGCAAGAGAUUGCUCCAGUCCAAGACGUUUAAGAGUAUGAUAUCAUUUUUAAUAUGUUAGAUUAGCAUUCAUUUGUUAACGUUUGUUAAAACUGUGUAUUAUACUUUAUCACGCUAUCAUUUGUACAUAUAGAGCAUAAGGAAAUAGAACUACUAGAUAUUUCAAAAUAAAUUCAUGAUACAAUCAA